GGCACGGGGCGAGCGUUUUCUGAACUUCAAACGGCUUCGAGCAUUAUGGGUCGCCGUCAUCUGAGUCCUACACAAAACAAUGAUGCUCAAGGCCAGUCCCGCUGCUCGCGCUGCUGCUCGCCCUGCUGCUCGCAACGUGCGCAUGAUGGCCGCGCCGGUCUCAACCCAGCUGAGCCAGGAUGAGCUGAAGAAGCAGGCUGCCUGGAAGGCUGUUGAGUACGUUAAGAGCGGCAUGGUGGUUGGCCUGGGCACGGGCUCGACCGCUGCGUUCGCGGUGGACCGGAUCGGCCAGCUGCUGAAGGAGGGCAAGCUGCAGAACAUCGUCGGUGUGCCCACCUCGAUCCGCACCUACGAGCAGGCUCUGUCUCUGGGCAUUCCUCUGGCCACUCUGGAUGAGCAGCCCAAGCUGGACGUCGCCAUCGAUGGUGCCGACGAGGUGGACCCCAACCUGGACGUGGUGAAGGGCCGCGGUGGCGCUCUUCUGCGCGAAAAGAUGGUGGAGAUGGCCUCGGCUAAGUUUGUUUGCAUCGUGGACGACUCCAAGCUGGUCGAGGGCCUGGGCGGCUCCAAGCUGGCCAUGCCGGUGGAGAUUGUGCAGUUCUGCCACAAGUACACCCUGCAGCGCCUGGCUAACCUGCCCGAGGUGAAGGGCUGCGAGGCUAAGCUGCGCAUGAACGGCGACAAGCCCUACGUGACCGACAACAGCAACUACAUCGUGGACCUGUACUUCCAGACCCCUAUCAAGGAUUCCCAGGCCGCCUCCAAGGCCAUCCUGGGCCUGGACGGUGUCGUUGACCACGGCCUGUUCCUGGACAUGGUGGACGUGUGCAUCAUCGCCGGCGCCACCGGCGUCACCGUGCAGGAGCGCCCCAACCCCAAGAAGCACUAAGCGGCUCGUGCACGCAGCGGCACAACACGCCGCUCACACCGUAACAGCGCGACGCUGCAGCAGCGGAGCGAAGCGGAGGGAAGCAGAGCUUUGGAGCUGCGGCGCUGGCGCUAGUGCGGGAGCUAGCGGCGGGUGAAGCGUGUGCUGGGAUGUGGGUUGGUGUGUCGACACGUGUGUCUUGAGGGCUCGGGAAUGGCGGCAGUCCACGGUCUUCGCAGUUCUUGCGGUCUGUUGUGCCGGCAGGAUGACGCGUGACGGCCAACCCCUGCGAAGGGUGACGGACGUAGUAUGGCUGUUUUGCUUGAGGGGAGCGGUUAUUGAGGGCCUCCCGUUUUGUUUGGCUCCAGGUCUGUGGGGGCGGGCGGGCUCCUGGUGGUGCAUCUGCGCCUGUGCGCAGGCCCAGGAGUUUUUCCUCGUACGCCUGUCGCCUGAUCAGUGCUGGUUGCUGGGAAGGCAUUGAGGUGCUUUUGGCGCUGAGAGCUAAACUGUUGUGAAAGAGUACGUGAGUGGAGUUGGAGCCAAGGACUGUGACCGUAUGGGGCUAUAAGCGCAUGCGAGCAAGCAGGAAACAGACGAAGCCUGUGUGCAGGCAGGCGAUUGCUGUAAGGCAAGAGUUGA